CCUAAUUGGCUGUAAAAAAAAAAAAACAACUAAGCGAAACUAACCCUCUCUUGUUAGUUGUCAAUUGUCUUCCAAAUUUGUUGACUUCAUCUCCUACUAUUUCCUUUUCAUAUACUCCCUACUUCAUGGCCAAAGGAAAGAACAAAGACGAAGAUGACAAAAGGAAAGAACAAAGACGAAGAUGACAAAGUUGUGGUGGUAGAAUAUAAAGUUUCAAUGCAUUGCAAUGCAUGCGAAAGAAGUGUUGCAGAAGCCAUUUCCAAAAUCAAAGGGGUUGAGACGUUUAUGACGGACAUGCCAAGGCAAAGAGUGGUAGUGAAAGGUAGAAUCAUUCCUGAAAAAGUUGUGCAGAAAAUUAAGAAGAAAACUGGAAAGAGAGUGGAAAUUUUGAUCAACGAAGAAGGUGAUGACACACAUUCAGACAAAGAAGAUGGAGAUUCAGCAUUACAAGAAACCUCAGAGCAAUUACAGAUACAACAACCUUUGGUGCUCGACCCCUGUUGGGAUAGUGAGAUUUAUACCAUGUUCAGUGAUGAAAACCCAAAUGCUUGUUCCACUAUGUAAUCUAUUUGCAAGUGCGUAUGGCAGCUUCUGUAAAACUUGUCGGCAUACAUUUGCUA